UUACAUGUCCACUUACCGGAAGUAAAUAUUUACGACAACAACCGAAUUUGCUUCUUUACAACUGAAAGAUAUUCGCGAAAUGGAAAUUGGAAUUUGGAAUGGACGUAAAACAAAAUAUAACAAUGUUUGACGAUUUCGAUAUGUUUUGCAGGAUAAUAUUGUGAAUAAUCAAUAAUGAAGAAAAUGGUUAUGAAGAUAUUCCUUUUAAUAUUGGUUGUAAAUUUACAAAUUCUAUAUGUAACAGCAAACCCAUGUACAAAUGGAGAACUGAUUGAAGGAGCUGCCUUAAAAUGUACCGCCCAACAACUGAUUGGUCUAUUACAAGCUAAAUCUCUUGAAGAAAAAUGCGGAAUUGUUUUAGAUAAAGUAAGACCCUGUAUUGUAACCGCCAUCAGUACAGACCACAACAGAACGUGCAAAGCACGAGAGAUUCACGAACUUAUAGUUAACUUUCGUGACGUCAUUGUCGAGCAUUUAAAAUUCGAUGUCACAGAAUGUUUACCAGUAAUGAAUUGUUCAGAUUUCGAAUCUGUGAUGUACUACCUCGAGGUGUCCUGUGAAUCUCAAUUUGAAAGUUUUAUAGAAUACUCAAAUUGUGGAAAUCUGUGUAGAUUAGGAUCUUGCAUGUCAGAUUCAGUAACAGCACAAAAUAAAACGUGUUCCCUGAUAGAGUUUCAAGAUUCGAUAAUGUCCAACAGAAACGCAUGGACGGCGGAAAUGGGAACAUCAGAGGUCGAUAUUUGUUGUAGUGACGAUGUAAAUUCAGCCAGUUUGCCAUUGAUAUCAGUAUCACUGAACUUAGUGUCGUUAUUCGCCAUGUUUGUUUUGCUUUGAUUAUUUAAAAGACGAUAUUAUAAUCUAGAUCAAUGUUGCCUUAUUUUGAAAAUAUGGCCACGCUUGGUCUUCUUCCGACCAGCAGUAUGACCAUUGUCAAAGUGAUGAUUCGGUUUUAUGGUUGAGCCGGAUAUAAAUUUACAGAUCGAUAAAUAUGAAGCCUCGUAUGGAGGGAGUCCUUUAUUCUCUACAUCAUUGUACAUACGUUAGAAUCAUUUUAGCAACUUUUGAGGGUUCCGUAUAUCGCAUGUAUAUUGCAUGUACAUUGCAUGUAUAUUGCAUGUUGCAAGGCGCGAAAUAUCAGUCCAAAUCUCAUUGACCUUCAUCUCGCACAGCCUCUUUUAUCUAUCGUAUUUUUAUAGAUUUUUUAUCGUUUUAAUCAUGCAAGAAAUGUUUGAAAAAAAAUAUUUGGCCCCCGCAAUGCGUAUAAAAACAAAUUUACCGUCCACACAGGGAACUAUAUUUCAAAGGGAGAUAACAGUGGUCUCGGGGUUUGUAUUUAUAUAUAUAACUUAACAGAGGCGGAUAUAGGGAGCCAGAGGGGCCGCCCCCCCCCCCCCCUUGUUGGGGAAAAACUUGGUUGCUUAUAUAGGGAAUCACUGAAACGUGACUUGAGCGGUCCCCCUCUUAGGUCAGUCAGUGGGUCCCCACUUAUGAAAAUUUCUGGAUCCGCCACUGAGACUUAACACUAAUAUAUGAUGUUGUCAUAUUAUUUAUAAGAUAUUUCAACCACAUGGUCCUGAAAAGUAUUGUUUCAUAUGCAGGCGUUAAAACUGAGAUGCAGCCUUUAAUUUUCAACUCUUUAUUCGUCAACUUUUUUUUUUUUAUAUAAUGUAUU